AUGUCGUUGACCAUCAAACUAAUACGUUUUGAAGUGCCCAAGGCCAAAACAAAUCUAAUAGGACGUGUGGAAUUUCGGGGUGUUGCUCAUAUAACUUCAGAAUUGUGUUCGUCUUCUUCAGAAAUUGAUGUCAACCAGUCAUUUAUAUGGCCCUUGGCACGACCCGCCUGCGAUGAGGAGCCUCUAAUUGUCGAAUUGCGAACACAAACAACAAAAACUCUAAUUAAGACCGGCUUAAGUCAUGCCUCGGGUGGUUUAAUGGGCGGCACAGCCACUGGCACUAUAACGAGCAGCAGCAAAUGUAUCGGACAAUACAUGAUGUUAAUGCAAGGUCUCAUACAUACCGGUUUUAUACAUGUGCAAGACCAAUUAGUUGAUAUAUCAACCAGUCGUUCAAUACCGGUUGUAGUCACAUUUGAAGCUAAAUAUGUAUCUCCCGAUGAUGCUGCUGGUAAUUUUGAGCCAACAAAUUUGGUACGCUCCAUACAACAGCAAAGCAUAAGUUGUAGCAGUCAAAGUUUGGAAGAUGAUCAACAGAUGCUACUUGACAUCGAACAGAACAUAGCGAACCUGGAGCGAAGUCUGAAUAAAGAAUCCAGUGGCAAUUUAGCCUGUGGCAGUGGAGCGGCCUCUAGUGGCAGUGAAUCGUAUGUAUCAGCAAAGAAACGACAUCUAUUGAGACGCGUGAUGUCGGCCGCCAAUCCAAAUGCCACAACCUCAUCAGCAGCUGCCACAGCAGCUAAUACAUUGGCGCUGCAUCGCCAACGUGCUGAAAUGAAAUUCGAGAAAUAUGGCAAAACACCAACUAGAAAAGGCAGCACCUCCAUGACCGUUGGUCUGGUAUCGGCGGGAGCAUCAAGUGAUGCUGCCACACCAGGCGGAAGUCCAGUGGCACCUGUCAAAGAGAAACGUAUGACCAUCAGAGCUGUACGCAACAUAAUACGUUUGGGGCGUAGUCGACAGAGUUCACAGACACGUGACAGCAGCACUGAGGAUGAGGGCAGAUCACCCUUGAUAUUUGAACAAGAAAAUGGUGCGGCUGUCAACAACACAUCAAUGCCAAAUGCUGAUACAAUGGACCCUCAACAUUUUAUUAGAGGCAAUAAUGGCCUUAUAACAGCCACUACCACACCGGGAGCUGAAAGUGGACAAUCAAAUCAAUCCAGUGAUCUGGAGGAAUUGCAACACUUUGAUCAGGGCAAAAUGAUUAAACAAAUGACCCGUACUGCUGAUCAUCUAAAAUCUCAAGACUUUCAAGUUUGUAUAACCAUUAUAGAGGCCAGACAAUUGCCCGGUUUAAAUAUGGAUCCAGUGGUUUGUAUACAAGUGGGAGAUCAAAAGAAAUAUACCAGUGUUAAGGAGAGUACAAAUUGUCCUUACUACAACGAAUAUUUUGUUUUUGAUUUUCAUAUGCCUCCGGUGAUGUUGUUUGAUAAAAUUAUUACUCUGUCGGUUUUACAAAGUCGUAGUGUUUUUAGUCGUAAUAAAUUGAUUGGCAACUUUAAAUUGGAUGUAGCGACAGUGUGGCAUCAAAAAGAUCAUCAAUUUUAUCAUAAAUGGGCCUUAUUAACGGAUCCCGAUGAUUUCUAUAGUGGACCCAAGGGUUAUUUAAAAUGUGAUAUUGGUAUCAUUGGCAAAGGUGAUACCGUUAAAGUGCCACAGAAAUCUGAAAAAGAUCCAGAUGACAUCGAAGCAAAUCUCUUAUUGCCGGAUGGUGUACCCAUUGAAAGACAACGAGCUAAAUUUAUAGUGAAAAUCUAUAGAGCAGAUGGUUUGCCCCGCAUGAAUUCCUCACUAAUGGCCAAUGUUAAGAAAGCUUUAACCGGAGAAUCUAAGGACUUGGUUAGUCCUUAUGUCCAAGUCUCUUUUGCCGGGCUAACGGGCAAAACAACUGUAAAGAAAAAUGCCUAUGCUCCGGUAUGGAAUGAACAAUUGGUGUUUACCGAAAUGUUUCCUCCAUUGUGUCAAAGAAUUAAGAUCCAACUAAGAGAUGCCGAUCCCAUGAAACCCUCCAUUAUAGGCACUCACUAUAUAGAUUUGAAACAAACCUCCAAUGAUGGCGAAAAGGGUUUUCUGCCCACUUUUGGUCCCUCAUUUAUACAUCUCUAUGGUUCUACCCGUGAUUAUACUCUAUUAGAUCAACAUUCCAAUUUAAAUACUGGCCUGGGAGAGGGUGUUAGCUAUAGAGCCCGCUUACUCAUAGCCAUACGUACUGAAAUCACCGAUAACAUCGAAAUAACCACCGAAAAAAAUGUCGAACUUGAACCCACCCAACUGAUAUCCGAAUCAUCUUAUUCGCGCAAUGAAGAAUUCUUUUUGUUCGGUUCCAUUGUGGAGGCCUCUAUGAUCGAUAAGAAAAUCAGCGAUAAAACCGUAUUCUUUGAGUUAAGUUUGGGUAAUGCUGGCAAUUCUUUGGAUGGUCAUAAUGAAAGUUUUGCCACUGCCUUGGAUGAUGGUGAAGAUGGUUGUGUAUUGGAGACAGUGGAUACGACUUCGUUUAGCAGUACUACAAAUGCUUGCAAACCCAUAUCACACGAUAAGAAUCAUUACUAUCUGCCGUAUUGGGAUUAUAAGCCGUGUAUGGAUGUUAGAUGUACUUUGCCGGAUCUGAGGAGACGAAUGUAUAACAGUAAUAUGUUGUCGAAGAUGGCGGAGAAAUUUGAGGAUGGCCUAAAUGAAACCAAACGCCUAAUUGAGGAUGAAGAUGCCAAAGCUGAGGUGCGUCUACGAUCAAUUCUAGAAGAUUUAGCAUCUGCCUGUCUGCGUUAUCAAACGAUAACAAAAACGAAUUCCAUGAGUGCUGGCAGCGGUAAAACCAAACUAGACAAAGAGCGCAUUAAAUUGUGUCUAAGAGAAAUUGAAAGUUUAGGUAAUUUGGCACGAAAUCUAAGAGCCUUGGUAACACGCAGCUCCCUUAGUGAACGUUUUAAGCAGGCUCAAGGUUAUAUGCAAAAAUUAAAAUUCCUAAUAGAUGAUCCCCAACAUUCUCUACCGGAUAUAUUCUUGUGGAUGAUAGCGAAUGGCAAACGUUAUGCUUAUCAUCGUAUGUCGGCCAGAGAUUUAAUUUAUUCACUUACGGAUGAAGAAUCCGGCAUGCAUUGUGGCAAGGUGCAAACAAUAUUCCUACGUUUACCGGGUAAACAAUCAACGGGACCAGCAAGUUGGUUUAUACAAGCCAAACUCUCCAUUUAUCUGUGGCUGGGAGUGGUUAAUCAUAAAGGCCAUUUCUUUGAUGGUCUACCCAUAGGCUAUGACUUAUCACAUGAGUUGAGAAAUGCCGAAAGACCCGGAGCCAUGGCUCCCAAUAAUAUACACUAUUUAGAGAAAUCGACCUUUCAACUACGAGCCCAUAUUUAUCAGGCACGUUCUUUGAUUGGCUCUGAUGCCUCUGGCUUAAGUGAUCCCUAUGCCACAGUUUAUAUAACCGAAUUCGCCAAAACCACCCAAGUCAUAGAGGAAACUCUAAGUCCCACCUGGGAUGAACUAUUGGUGUUUGAUGAAAUUUUGGUUUAUGGCACUAAAGACGAAAUUAAGAAAAGUCCUCCCACCAUAAUCAUAGAGAUUUACGAUCAAGAUAAAGUAGGCAAGUCAGAGUUUAUAGGACGAGCCAUAGCCCAACCCAGAGUCAAGCUAAGAGAAAAUCCCUAUGUAACACCCACCUUGGAAUGGUUUGAUAUUGUUAGAGGACCCGAUAAUGCUGGAGAACUAUUGGCCGCCUUUGAAAUGCUGGAAAUUGGUUCCACCGAUAUGCCCCGCCUGACCGAACCUAAAAAUGUUUUGGCCGAAAUAAAAAAGGAACGAAAUAAUGUACCACAACAGAACACCAUAUUUCCAGUACCCAAAGAAGUUCGUCCAAAUCUGGCUAAAUUUCGUUUAGAGGUACUAUUCUGGGGCCUCAGAGAUUUGAAACGAGUACACCUAAUGUCAGUAGACAAACCACGUAUUGAUGUUGAGUGUUCGGGCAAAAUUUUAAGUUCGAAUAUCAUACAGAAUGCCAAAAAGAAUCCUAAUUUUCCAAAUAUGUUAAAGUCCAUAGAGUUGGAAUUGCCUUUGGAGGAGACCUAUGCUCCUCCCAUAACCAUAAGAUGUGUAGAUUGUCGCUCGUUUGGUCGUUACACUUUGGUGGGCACUCAUCAGAUCACUUCCAUACAUCGUUAUCUGUUUAAGCCACCACCGAAAGAGGAUAUAACCAAGUAUAAGACAAUUGGUGGUCAGAUCAUUUUGUCGGCACCCUUAAAUGAGGAGAGUCUUCAGAAUCUUGUGGAUGGUUAUGGCAUGCAACCGAUGUUGGAUUCGCUGCAACAGGCCAGCAUGAAGGAUUUCUAUGGCAAUCGCAGGUCAUCAUGUGAUCAAUUUACUUUGUAUGGGGCGGCAUGUGUUACGAAAAUGGUAAAAAAACAAAAUUCCAAAAAGAAAACCUCUCGACGUGGCAGCAACAAAGAAAAUCAGCUGGUGCAAGAGCAAGAUUCCGAUGAUGAAUUGAGCCGUGAUUGGUGGACUAAAUACUUCUGGUCCUAUGAACGUCUCAUUGACAAUGCCAAAGCUGAGAAGGCUCUCAAUCACACAGAAAAAUAUCUUACACCGCCACCCACACAACUUACACAAAACUCCAAUAAAUUGGGAGCAAAAGGUGCGAAAUUCGUACAAAAGUUAAGUCCCAAAGCUAUGACUGGCUUGGGCCGCAAUAAGCCCGAUUUCAACAAUGCAACAAAUAUAAUCAAAUCAAAGCCCCUCAAUAGCACUACAGCAUUAUGUCAGAUCUAUCCCAACGAACUGGAGUCGCAAGCGGAAUUCAACAAUUUCCGUGAAUGGCUGCAGUCAUUUGCUUUGUACAGAGGCAAGAAAACAGGAGACUCUACAGAGGAUGAAAAUCGCACAGUGGGUUUUUUCAAGGGGACCAUUAAAGUUUACCGCCUACCACCACCCAAGGGUGUAGAUUAUCCUAUACCCAAUUUGCCAGCAAAUGAACCCAUACAUGUGCUCGUCAGAGUUUAUAUAGUUAAGGCCACCGAUUUACAUCCCAUGGAUUUAAAUGGCAAAGCUGAUCCCUAUGUGGUUCUGCAUUUGGGUAGUAAACGUAUUUCCGAUAAAGACAACUACGUUAGCAAACAGCUGAAUCCUGUAUUUGGUAAAUGUUUCGAAAUAGAGGUAACUUUUCCCCAGGAUUCCAUGUUAACAGUGCAGAUUUUCGAUUGGGAUUUGGUGGGCUCUGAUGAUUUGAUUGGUGAGACUCGCAUAGAUUUGGAGAAUCGUUUUUACAGCAAACAUCGAGCCACUUGUGGUUUGGCCUUAAGAUAUGAAGAUUGCGGCUACAACCAAUGGCGUGAUCCCAUGAAACCCUCGCAGAUUUUAUCGAAACUAUGCAAAGAAAAUAAAUUGGAUACUCCACAUUAUUUUCAAGAUCGCGUGGCUAUUGGCAAGUACUGUAUGACCUUCUCCGAUGAGGAGGUUAUAGCCUGGAAUGGUCCCAGUACUUGCCGUAACCGCGAUGAACAUUUAGCAUUAGCUUGCUUACAUCGUUGGAGUGAAAUACCGAAUGUGGGUUGUAAGAUUGUUCCGGAGCAUAUUGAAAGUCGUCCCCUAUACAAUCCCGAUAAACCGGGUAUAGAACAGGGUAAAAUUGAGAUGUGGGUGGAUAUGUUUCCCAUGGAUAUGCCGCUGCCAGGACCAGCAGUGGAUAUAUCACCUCGGAAACCCAAAGCUUAUGAAUUGCGCAUUAUAAUAUGGAAUACAGAUGAUGUGGUGUUGGAAGAUGAUGCCUUCUUUACGGGAGAAAAAAUGUCCGAUAUUUAUGUUAAGGGAUGGCUUAAAGGUCCCCAAGAUUGCCAGUCAACCGAUAUCCAUUAUCGCUCUUUAACCGGUGAGGGUAAUUUCAAUUGGCGUUUUAUCUAUCCCUUUGAAUACUUGGCAGCCGAGGAGAGAAUAGUGUUGUCCCGAAGAGAAUCUUUAUUCAGCUGGGAUGAGACAGAGGUGAAAAUCCCUGCUCGUUUAGAGCUGCAAGUAUGGGAUGCUGAUCAUUUUUCGGCAGAUGAUUUUUUGGGUGCCAUUUCCUUUGAUUUGAAUCGUUUUCCUAGAGGUGCUAAAUCUUCCAAAUUGUGUACUUUGGAUAUGCUCAAAACCGAUAAUGUACCCACUGUAAAUAUUUUUAAACAAAAACGUGUUAGAGGUUGGUGGCCAUUUUAUAUUAAGAAACAGAAUGAAGAGAUGGAGCUGACGGGUAAGGUGGAAGCUGAAUUCCAUUUGUUGACUAAAGAGGAAGCCGAACAAAAUCCUGCCGGUCAUGGACGCAAUGAACCCGAUCCAUUAGAGAAACCAAAUCGUCCAGAUGCCUCCUUUAUGUGGUUCGUAAAUCCUUUGAAGUCCAUACGCUACAUUGUCUGGCACAAUUACAAAUGGGCAAUACUGAAGGCGCUACUCCUGUGUGCCAUUGCACUAUUCUUUGUGCUCUUUGUCUACUCAGUACCUGGUUAUUCGGUUAAGAAAAUGCUGGGUGCUUAAAAACUCGAAUUAUAAAUAAUUUUCCUGAAA